UUCUAGUCCCAUCGCUGACCAUGACCUUGUGGCUGCUGACCUUGUGGGUGAGUGUCCAGGUGUACUCAUCGCGCGCACAAUACCAGUUUGAGUACUCAGAGUCCGUCUGCCAGCGCCCAUGGUUUGACCGUUUGUACUGGUCAAACUUGCAGACGACCAAGCCAACUUCGGACGUCUUGAGGACGCACAUUUUGAUGGGAAAACCGGUUCGUGCCAUUAUCCGGCACGGCAAGUAUAAAGAGUCGUUGGUACUGGAGAACUUGAAUAUGAACGGUCAAGUCAUCUGUGGGGAGAGCUCGGAUCGUAUGUCAUUUCCCGUGGGGCCAACAGCCGAGAUGCAGCCGGUGAUCGUGUGUACUGAGGGGUCGGUGAGUUACCUUAAUGUGUCCGUCAGCCGGUAUGACGGAGCGGUCAAGGACCACAAGUGGACCGUCGACUCCAUCAUGUUCCGGACCAGGGACUACAGUCCCGAACACACGCCCGUGACGUCAAGAUACCUAGAUGGUUCCACCAGUAACGGUUUUUCCGACAACUUUCUGGCCAUGGCAAUUAAGUCCGAAAUGCGAGGCCUGAUGCGCGACCGCGGCUACGCCUUCACCAUGGACAACGUCCACAUCGACUACCAGACACGGCACAUCAGCGGCCAGAGCUUGGGGCACAUCAGCCAGGCCUACACUAACACUGGGGGCAUCACCUUUAGGGAGAGGCCGUACCACUGGCUUUCUUCUUGGGAGACUACAGGACGCCGAGACUCUGCCCGCUGGUCGCUAGGCAACAUGACGCAGCUGAACCACACCAACGACUUUGUGGCCCUCCAGUGGUUCGCGGACUCUUGCUGGGCCAUCGUGUACGAGCAUGACAAGAACGGCACGGCUCUCAAGGGCUCGCUGGAGCACCUGACCAUGUACAUAAGGAUGGGGCAUCGUGUCAGGGUACACUUUGAUGGCUACACCAUCGAGGCAAGCUCGGUGUUUGUGUCACCUGACGGGGUGAUAGUGGCCCAGACCUCGACCGAGAUGGCCAGGCGCGGGGGUUCGGGUCCUGAGAAAACCUUCUUCAACACCAAGACACGUCAGGUGUACCGGCUUGUACACACCACAGGUAUAGUUCGCAGCUUCCUGUACUUUGUUGAGAACGGCAAGCUGUCCGCCAAGUCGACGGAGAUGCUGAAGGUCACGUGGUCAGUGGACACCCGCCCCUGGAGCCCAGCGGUCAUCAUGGACCAGAACAACAACAUCACCAUGGGCAACAGCUCCAGCCUCGUCUACGGCAUGGACACUUCCAGCGUCAGGGUCAAGGUCGAGAUCAAGGAAAAAGAAGCCACGUUUGCCGGGAAAAACUCCGAGCUAUUUUUAGAAAUCAACAACAUCCGGUCCAUCGACUCGACCGCCUCUAACCCGGAGGUCAUAGGUCAGUCGCUGAAAACCCUGCCCUUCUACCGUGGGGGUGAUGGCAGGGACUACCACCUGUACCUGUACAAGCCUGUCAAGCAGUAUGUGCAGGUGUCCACCAAGACAGGGGUCACCCUAGCGGCCAAUGACAUGGCCACGCGCGCCUACGUCACGCCUGAGAAAUGGUUGGUGGAGAGCAUCACGUGGUAUCAGGACGAGAGACUGUACUAAGGAUAGUUGUUGUUUUUUUGUGAAGCGAGUAGAUCCUGUUAAACCCGAAUAAUUUGAAAUUGAUCACUUCCUAACUCCGUACUGUGGCUAUCAACAUAAGCUCUAACCCAUACCCUAGCCAUGACACUAGUACCCCGUACCCUAGCCUCAACCCUAACCUCAACCAAUCCUAGCAAUCACACCAGUACUCCCUCAACCCAAUACCCUAAC